AUGGCUGCGAUCAAGUUACUUCUCAAUCCUCUCGCGGACACCGUUGAUCAGUACAGCACCAGCAUGGACAGCAAGGAUGAGGCAUCAACAGCGGAGAGCGAUGCCGGGCUCGUCUCAGAUAUACUAGAAGGUGUUCGUGGGAAGCCCAGUCGAAAGAAGCAGAAGGUCUCCAAGGAUGCUGCCGUUUUCAAGGCUGGUCCAAUCCGUGGCGAUUGUCGGUAUCCUCCUCACGAGGAGCACGACGAGUUCCUGGCAGAAAAGCAUGAGAUGUUCAAUGUUUAUCCAGUGGGCAGCAUUGCCAGCUAUGCCAGACAUAUUCCCUACAACAGCGAGAAGAAGCUUUUUUUGGAGAAGACUGGUAGAGAUUAUUUUGAAGUGUUCCAAUACGAGUUCAAGCUUCCGGGCGAAGGUCCCACCUACACCAUGAUCUGGGAUUACAACAUCGGCAUUGUACGCACCACCCCUCUGUUCAAAUGUGGACAAUACUCCAAGACAACUCCAGCAAAGAUGUUGGCACGAAACGAAGGCUUGAAGGAGAUCUGUCAUAGCAUCACAGGAGGAGCGCUGGUUGCACAAGGCUAUUGGAUCCCCUACGAGGCAGCAAAGGCAGUGGCAGCGACAUUCUGCUGGAACAUUCGCUAUGCCCUGACUCCAGUCUUCGGCAAGGACUUCCCUGAGCUCUGUAUCCCCCCAGACUCGGAGGACUUUGGCAACAUGCAAAUCGACCCCGCGAUCACCAAGAAAUGCGCAGAGCAAGCCCGACUGUACCGUGAGCUAGAGUCGACACAGAAAGAGGUCUUUAACUCCCCAUCUCUCAUGUCCACCGUCUCCAAUAGCGGCACGCGCACACCCACGACCCCCAAAUUCAAGCGAGAAUUCAAGAAGAUCAUGCCCAAGCCAUUGAACAUCCCAUCCGGGUUUGUCAGCGACGAUGCAUCGUCCGUUACCAGCCGGGAAGACGACAAGUACGUCUUGUCAUCUCCAUCUCCCCAGACCGGCUUCAGCAACCCAUGGUCCGCAGUCAACAGUCCACGCUCGCCAUCGCCCAAGAUCAAAUUCAAGAACCCGUGGUCCCCUGCCACCAGCACUCGCUCCGACUCGCCAUGCGGUGGCUCCAGACGCAAGAAACACCGUGAUGCAGUUAACAUCCCACGCUCAUAUGCCCCUCUGGACACAAUGCCGCCUCCGUACAAGCCUCUGUACCACGUUACACUCGGCGCAGCGGAGCAGCAGCAUGCUGAUGGGGAUGAAGCAGAGUCAGCCGCCCACGACAGCGACAGCUCACCAGCAGCAUACCGCCGCAUGGACCUGGACGAAGACUACGACGCAGGCUCAGACGACUCUGACGCACCGUCAGGCUCCGCGGUGGCAGUCGCAUCCGUCACGGCCAUGACCACCACGGCUCGCAAGAAGUCCACCAAGGCGUUCACGGACUUCAAUGCCGCACUGGUGCUCAUGCAGAUGAGAGACGUCAGCAAGGGCUUGACUACAGGCUUGAGACGUCUCAAGCGUCCUGCCUCCAUGUAA